GAAACCGACUCCAAGCCUUUUUUCUGUGUUUCUGUGCUAUUGUGUAUUAAAGACUGCGACUUUUUUAUUCAAUAAGAAUGGUGUUGUGCUCGGCUUUUGAUUGCAAAAAUCGCAGUGAGAAUAAAGUGCCAGGAAUAACCUUUCACAGGUUUCGUCUUAAAGAUCCAACAAGAAAUGUUAUCUGGCUGAAGAAUAUGCAUCUAGCUGACUGGUUUCCCACAAAAAAUAGUAGGAUCUGUUCAAAGCAUUUUGAAAUCCAUGCUUUUUACAAAGUUGGAAACAGAACCUCUCUUUUGGAUGAUGCAGUCCCUACAAUCUUUGAAGAACUUCUAAAACACCUACAGACUAAGACCACAUCCAAGAUCUAG